CAUCUCAGUACAAAUUAUGAAAUCAUAUUUAUGUCAAAGUUAAGAGGGAAAAAUAUAUAUGAAGAAAGAAAAAGGAAAGGAAAGGAAAGUUUCUUUAUUUAUUAUUUUGGGGGUAAGGGAUAUUAUUGGAACAAGAAACAGUGAAGAAGUGAGUCAGAUACGAAGAAGCAAAAGCAAAACAGAAGAAGCAAACACCACCACGCAUUCAGCUUCAGAAGAAAGUGAACCUAUUUGGUGUUUUCCUAACUGAAUCAAUCUUUAUUCUUUGGUUAUUCUUCGUCUUCUACAUGGGUCGCCUUCUUCUCUUUCUCAUUAUUCCCAGCCUUGUCGCAUUGUCUUUCCUCUCAGAGGUACAAUCAGCGUCGUUCAAGAUUGUGAACAAGUGCCGCCACACGAUAUGGCCGGGAUUACUCUCCGGUGCCACCUCGCCGCCGCUUCCCACCACCGGAUUCACCCUCGAGAGCGGCAAAUCGAGGACCAUAAAAAUUCCAAAGUCUUGGUCGGGUCGGAUAUGGGCACGGACACUCUGCGGUCAAGACUCUGACGGAAAGUUCUCCUGCGCCACCGCCGAUUGCGGCUCCGGGAAAGUAGAGUGCGUCGGCGGAGCCAAACCGCCGGCGACAUUGGCGGAGUUCACUCUCAACGGCGCCGACGGUUUGGACUUCUACGACGUGAGUUUGGUCGACGGUUACAACCUUCCGAUGCUGAUCGUCGCCAAGGACGGCAUCAGGGGAGGGUGCAGCGCCACCGGUUGCCUCGUCGACCUCAACGGCGGGUGUCCAGCGGAGCUGAGGGUGGCGCGAUCAAACGGCAGCCGCGGGAGCGUGGCGUGCCGGAGCGCGUGCGAGGCCUUCGGGGAUCCUCGUUUUUGCUGCAGUGAAGCGUACUCGACGCCUGACACGUGUGGCCCUUCUCCUUAUUCACUGUUCUUCAAGCACGCUUGUCCACGCGCGUAUAGCUACGCGUAUGAUGACAAGACCAGCACCUACACAUGUGCCAACGCUAACUAUUUGAUCAUUUUCUGCCCCUUCCCCUAUACCAGCCAAAAACUGUUGGGAGCACGAAAAGAUGGGGCACAGCUUCCUCUGGUAAAUAAAACUAUGAUGUACUUAUCAAGGCUACAAUCAGGUGGUUCCUCACCAUCAGGUCUGAUUCAAACGCAGAGUAUAAUAGCUUAUGUUGCCUCUGUUUUUUUGGUGCCUUUCUUCCUGUUCUGCCCUCUUUAGCAUCCUUUAUGAAAUACGUUUGCUUGGACACUUCAGGGUAGACAUUUACGCCAAAAAUAGCUGCUUCUCAAUAUAACCGUGUAAGCUCUUCAUGCUGUUUCCCUUUGAUCUUACUAUUUACAUUAACCUAUCAAAUCGAUGCUGUGCUGAUUCUACUCAUCAUGCAGGAGUUGAAAGAUAUCAUAUAGGAAACAACACUGUAAAUCCUUUUUCCUUUUUGUAUAUAUCGUCUCUUUUCUGUUUCCCACGUCAACACUGCAAUAGUUGAUCUCUGGCAUCCUUCAGUUCUUAUUUUAAUUAACAGAGAGGCGUUCCCAAUUUGCAAAUUAUUGUGUAGUCAAGAUUUUGCUAGUUAUGAGAGACAGAUUGUAAUGAGUACAAUAGUGUAUAAAUGAGAUAGGUUUAUGAAGUGAUGCUUCGUGCACAAUUUUUGGUUUUGAUGUGUUCAACUGUCUGCGUGGCACCAUACUAAAUUCAUCUCAUUUUAUAUGCUUAAAA